AUGGCUACUGACGAGAACAAAAAAGACUUCACGCCGGCAGAGGCCACCCUUUUCUUCUCAGUCUUCAAGCACAACAAGGCCAAGGCGGAGAUCGAGUGGGACAAGGUCGCCGAGGAGUGCAACUUCAAGAAUGCCAGCACUGCCAAGGUUAGAUUUGGCCAGAUUAAACGAAAGCACUGGGGUGGUGAACCAUCCUCCACGUGUGCAUCCAUUCCUUCUUCUCCAGCCAAAGUCAAGAAGGCUACUCCUCGCCGAGGUGCUAAAGGCAAAGACAAAACUGUCAAACCCGAACCUGAUUCACAUGGAGAUAAGUUGAAGAACAAAGACGAAGAUGACAGCGAUCUUGGGCUCGAUUGCAAGGAUGAGGCUCUUGAUGAAGCUCCCUAUUCUAGUUCUUAG